CCCACACAUACACACGCACACACACGCACACGCACACGCACACACACACACACACACACACACACACACACACACACACACACACACACACACACACACACACACACACACACACACACACACACACACACAAAAACUCACACACACACACUCAUACACUCACACACAAACACACUAGCGCAUGCAUGUUCAGUGGACCUCAAUGGGUGAAGCUCCACAUGACGGAUUCAGACGUCUUGGAAUGACAGCCGCUGUCACAGAGAGUGACAGCUUUCCUCCUUCCUCCCCGCGCUCUUUGACCACCUCAGCCGUCCAGUGAUUCACUUCUUACCUUGCGGCCGCCAAACAGUGACACGGAUCUAGCGAGGACUAUGCCAGAGAUGGAGAAAGGGAGACCACCGGAAAAUAAACGCAGCAGGAAACCAGCGCACCCAGUCAAAAGAGAGAUCAACCAGGAGAUGAAGACGUUCGCUGAGAGCACCAUGAACGAGCUCCUGGGCUGGUACGGCUAUGACAAGGUGGAGCUCCGCGACUCAGAGGCCAGCGAGAUCCGGAACUACAGGGAGCGACGGCAGCAGGUGUCUGUGCUAAAGGAAAACUCAUUGCCAAAACCCAAAGGCGCGGAGAGUGAGGCGGGCCACUCGGUGCUGGCCAUGAAGAGUGGCGAGAGAGAGUCGACCAGCAUGCCCUGCUCCUCCUCCUCAUCUUCCUCACCGAGCUCAUCCCUGACCAGCCACAAAGAACACAAGAGUGCCCCGGUCAUCGUUCCCCUCAUAAAGCCCUCUGCAGUGGAGGACGUGCAGAACGUGCAGAUCGUAUGUGUGUGGUGCCAGAAGGAGGGUGUGAAGCGCUACUCCCUCUGCAUGGGCUCCGAGCUCAAGAGCUUCUGCAGCGAGAAGUGCUUUGCUGCCUGCCGACGGGCCUACUUCAAACGCAACAAGGCCAGAGAUGAAGAUGUUAACGCAGACACGUCUCCCCAGCAUCCACACUCCGAAGACUCCCCGAGACUAGUGCUGAAAAUGAACAGUACUGUCAGGGUCUGCGAUUGGUGCAAGCACGUCCGCCACACCAAGGAGUACCUGGACUUUGGCUCCGGAGAGGAGAGGCUCCAGUUCUGCAGCACCAAGUGUCUGAACCAGUACAAGAUGGACGUCUUCUACCGGGAGGCCCGUGCGGCCCUUACCAGCACCCCUUCCUCCAGCUCCAGCCCGGGCCGGAGCGGCCAAGAGGGGCGGUCCGACAGCGGGCCAAAACUGCUCACUCCCGAGUCCUGGAGCAGCGGCGGCGGCGGCGGCGGCGGCGGCGGCGGUGGCGGCGGCCACGGUGGUGUGGGAGACCUCCGCCACAGAACCCGGUCGCCUAAAGGCCACACGCCUAGCCACGCCUCGGCGGCGUCCAGCUCCGUGUCGCCCUCCGAGGCGUCCUCCUCCUCCUCCUCCAAGGUGCCUGUCUCGGGGCUGAGGCUCCUGGAAAGGCCCAUGUCCCACCCCCCCCCGGCCCCCCCUCAGACCGCCGAGGGGAUGCCUCAUCGACCUCCCCAUCCUCACCCUCACCCUAACUCUCACCCCCACCCUCACCAGCGCUCAGUUCUGGACCACCCUCCGAUGCCCCCCAUGCCGAUGCCCUUCAUCAGACCGCCGCUCCACGCUCAGGGCCUGAAAAGCCCCCUCUCCCACCACCCCAGACACCCGGGCCCCCCGUCCAGCCCUAUCCAUCGAGCCCCCCACUCCCCCCACCCCCACAUGCAGCCCCCCCCGGCAGCCCCCGUCAACCCCCCCGGACUGAUGCAUCCUUUCCUAGGGGCCUACUUCCCCGGCCUGCACUCCCCGCCCAUCAACAUGAUGCCCCGAGGACCCGUGCCCAUGCACCCCAUGAUGAACUUUGGUAUUCCCUCCUUCAGCCCUCUCCUGCCUCACCCCAUGGUGCUGGUGCCUUACCCCGUCAUAGUCCCGCUCCCUGUCCCCAUCCCCAUCCCCAUCCCCUUCCCCUUCCCCGUCCCCUGCCCGGCCCAGGCCCCCACCAUGGAGAAGCCCAGCCACGGCGGGGUGAUCCAGCCCGUGCCAGAGGACAGGAGCAGGGGCAGGGCCGCCAGACAGCCCUGCCCCCCCGGUUCUCCCAGCGACGCUCGGCAGCAAGCCCCCAGCACCUUGGGGCCAACACCCAUGCACGGGGUCCCCGCCUCGCACAGGGACCCCAGCACGAGGGGUACGGAUUGGGUCAAAUCCGAGCGACCCUUCCCUUCCCCGAUAUCCACGCCCCACAGCCAGUUGUCCUCGCCCUGUCGACGAAACAACGAUUCCCCUUCCUCAGCCCCGGGACUAGAGGGCCUGAUUGACUGUAAGUCGGACCAGCAGCAGAACCAGCAGCAGCAGCAGCAGCAGCAGCCAGAGCGUCAGGUCAUCCAGAGAGUGCUUCAAAAUACCCAGGUGAAACUGGAGCCCAGCACCAAUGGAGCGGUGGACUUCUCUGGGCCAGGGGAGUCGGAGACUGGGCAGGGUACCAGACCAGGGCUCCAUGACAUCAUCAGACCAGCUCCUCUUGUAAAGCACUCCUCUGCAGAGGACAUUUCCUAUCACCAUCACAACACCGACGCCCCUCCCUCACACACCGCACCCAGCUCCAGAGGAAGCAGCCCUCCCUAUGACUCCGCCUCCUUUGGCCUGACGACUCCGGACCACGGCCGAAACAGGCCGUCCCCGGCGUCCCCCAGACCCCCGUCUCCUCCAGGCCCUGAGCCCGUCCCGGCCCAGACACAAGCUCCGCCCACACAAGUGGCGCUCGGCGAGUUGGAGGCCAUCAAAGAAAACAACUACUCGGCGGUGGGCGCCAUCAGGGCGGACCGCCCAGACGGCCAAUCAGACGAGCCCGUGGCCGUGGUGGGGGAGGCGGGAGAGGACCCCCACGUCCCCGAUGAGGACCAUGCGUACGCUCUGCCGACGGCGCCAAAGACAGGGGGGGCCGCCACCCCACUGCUGCUGCCCAAGCUGAGGGACAAGGGGGCGCUGCGUGGCGCCCCGACACUGGCCGCCGCGGCCGACACAGAGCCGGCGCUGAAGAGACGCUGCCUGCGAAUCCGGGAUCAGAAUAAGUAGAGGGCUGAGGUGAGACAGUCUAAUGAACAGACUCCCUGUGUUCAACACUGUACCGCGGUGCCGGAGCCAGAGACGUGUUUGCUGCUUGUGGACAACAUCAGGGGGCCGGCGGCUGUAGCGCCACCCCCCGGCCCCCCGGCCCUCCAGCCCUGCAGCCCGGCCGCCCCAGCAUGGUGCCAACAUCAACAGAAAAAAAAACCAGGAAGCCCCGCUUUAUCGCCAAUCUCCAAGCCCGCCAAGCCCCCCAAGUCGAGGCAAAGGGGCAGACCUGGAACAGGAGAGAGAGACAGGGCGAGCGACAGAGAGAGAGAGAACACGGGCAUCGCCGUUCCAGCUUGUC